AUGGGGUGUUGCUGUUCUAUUAAACCUCCAAGUCAAACAACUCUUGGAAGAGAAGUUGAGUGUCCAAAGUGUUAAUAAGUAUUUCCAUCUUAUACAACAAAUCAUGCUGUAAUAAUAUACAAAUUUAAUUUGAAGUUUAAUGAUCAUUUAGAUAAUUGCCUAUUGUCUUCAUAAUAAAAUAUAAAUAAAAUAGAAGAUUAUAGAGGAAUUAAAUAUUGGGAAAAGGUUUAAAUUGAAUAAGGAUUUUAAUGGGUCUUAAAAGAAUACAACCCUAGUCUCUAAAUCAAUGAAUAGGUAACUACGUUAAAUAACAAAGAAAAUAUAACUAGAACCUUUUGGUUAAAAACAAGUUUGGUUCAGAGCUAAAUUAGAAAAACUUAGAAUUCCUUGGCAAGUAAUUUUGACAACAAAUACAUUAGAAUGGAUGCACAAUUCUGUCAGUUUCUUAAAAUAAUUUGCUAGAAUCUUCUGUAGAGAGCAUAAUGAAAUUAAAAUCUCGUCUUUUACAUGGGGAAUUAAAAAUUAAAUUUCAGGAAGAUCAAAAAGUUUAAGAUGCAGGAGGUUUGCUAAGAGAAUGGUCUACUUCUAUUCUUUAAUAAUUAGUUUAAUAGGGAUAUUUAUAAAAAACAGAAACAAAAGAACUUACAUAUAAAUUUAAUACAAAUAUUUAAUCAAAUACUCUUGAUAAACGAUAACUUUUCUCUUUUUUAGGAAUCAUAGUUGGUAAAUGUCUUUUUGAAAGAAUUCCACUUAGUUCUUUUUUAGAUCGUACAAUUAUUAAACAUAUCUUAAGAUAAAAAGUAAUCUUAGAAGAUAUCAAAUAUUUUGAUGAAGAUGUAUUUAUAUAAUAUAUUCUUUAGUUAUUUUAUUCUUGGUAAUAUUUAUUAAAUAAUAAUAUUGAUUAAUUAGACUUAUAUUUUUAAUUAGAAUAUAUUGGUAAGACAAUCAAUUUAAAAGAGAAUGGAUGUGAAAUCAAAGUUACAAAUUCCAAUGUUGAGGAAUAUGUUAAUUUAAAGUAUCUUAAUUAUAUAAACAUAAUAGUAUAUUCUACUACACUCAAUAGUUUUUAGAACCUUAUUUAUCUGAUUUUCUGACAGGAUUCUAUUAAGUUAUUCCAAAAUCUUUAUUAAGAAUAUUCAAACCAUAAGAAUUAGAAAUGAUAUUAUUUGGACUUCCUUUUAUUGAUCUUUAAGAUUGGUCCAAAUAUACAAUAUAUAAAGAAUGUUCUGCAGAAGAUUACUUUAUUUAAUGGUUUUGGUAAAUCUUGAGUAAUUGGAAUUAAGAUGAACUAUCUUAAUUUUUGAGAUUUUGUACUGGUUCAACUAGAGUUCCUGUUGAAGGAUUUAGGUAAUCAUAAAUAUCUAUAAUGAUAGCAAACUUGAAAGUAAUAGAGGAGAAAUUUCAUACUUUUGUAUUUAAGCCAGUAAUUUUGAUAAAGAAAAUCCUUAUCCUAAGGCUCAUACAUGUUUUAAUAGAUUAGAAUUACCUAAGUAAAUAUAUUUGGUAAUAAAAUUAAUUAGAUAUUAAGAAUUAGAAACAAUGGAAAUGUUUUUAAAGGCAACUAUUCAUGAAGCAUUAGAAGGAUAAUUUGGUUUGGAAUGA